UUCGCUGUUCUGGAACAUUUCUCAUUUCUGAACAUUGUUGAAUAUUUAUUUGUGUCGGACUGAACGAGGAGAGAGUGAAUAUGAAGGGAAAUAUAGGACAGUAACCGAGCAGAAGUGCGUCGGCUGUGCAGCUGAGUGAGAAAUGGCAGCGGCGAUUGCGAGCGGUUUGAUCCGGCAGAAGCGGCAGGCUCGGGAGCAGCAUUUAGACAGACCCUCCACUAACCGCAGGAGGAAAAGCCCCAACAAAAACAAGGGUCUGUGCAAUGGAAACCUCGUCGAUAUCUUCGCCAAAGUACGAAUCUUCGGCCUCAGAAAGCGGAGACUACGGCGUCAAGAUCCCCAGCUCAAGGGUAUAGUGACCAGGUUAUAUUGCAGGCAGGGAUACUACUUGCAAAUGAACCCCGAUGGAUCUCUCGAUGGGACCAAGGAUGACAGCAGCAAUUCUUCGUUGUUCAAUCUCAUUCCUGUGGGUCUCCGAGUUGUUGCUAUUCAGUCCGUGAAGACAGGGUUAUACAUUGCCAUGAAUGGAGAGGGCCAUCUCUACACAUCAGAACUCUUUACAGCAGAAUGCAAGUUCAAAGAGUCAGUGUUUGAGAACUACUAUGUGAUCUACUCAUCCAUGUUGUACAGGCAGCAGGAGUCAGGGAGAGCUUGGUUCCUGGGUCUCAAUAAAGAAGGCCAGGCCAUGAAGGGCAACAGAGUGAAAAAAACCAAACCAGCUGCUCACUUCCUGCCCAAGCCAUUAGAAGUUGCGAUGUACAGAGAGCCAUCAUUGCACGACGUGGGAGAGACAGUACCCAAAGCCGCUGCACCUCCCGCAAAAAGCACAACCGAGCCCGCCGUGAUGAACGGAGGUAAACCUGUUAGCAAGGAAGCCAGCAAGCCCAGCACAUAGCCCAGCCUUGGAAAACAAAGAGCGAGAAAAAAAUGCCCUCCCUCUCUUGUCAAUGGAUUUGGUCCAGACGAGCCCCUGUCCUCCUUGCAUUCUAUCCUGCUGUCCUCUGACUCCUGCUGUCCUCUCCAUCCACUUGGCAAAUCGAUUGCAGAAGCUCGGCCAAGCGUAGCGACCAGGAGGAUUCGACUGGAUGAAUCAGCUCAACCCGCACCAUGGAAUGCCCUACCAGAUACGGAAUGCCUUUUUCUCUCCCUAGCCUGCACAUUCGAUAACGACCAACCCAUUUUUCUGUGACUGUGACAAUCCUUGAGAACGAUGAGCAGAAAGGUGACCAAGGGUGCGCUAUGGCAGCAGCGGCAAUCUUUCUGCUGCUGAAGAUCACCUAUUUUUUCUUUUUUUUUGAUUGUCUAAUUCAGAUCUAUUUUCUAUACACAGAGAACACCAGCUUUGCUCUGGGGGAUAUGAACUGACUUGCAAGAAAAUAGGACUAUGCUCUAAUUUUUAUAGAGUUUGUUCCUGUCUUUCCUGCUCAGUCUCUCUCUUCUACUUUCAGUCUUACUCUCGAGUACUAAAGAAAACCUUUGCAGGGGCUACCUGUGAUUUUCUAAUAACUUUCACACCAAUCACACAUCGAUGUGCACAUUUUGAAACAAGUCUCACCAGUACAAACGGUAUUUGUCUAGGACCGAGAUGUCAGCGGGGGCUCGGGUGGCAGGGAAUCAUUUCGGAGGACUCAUGCCAGCAGUCGCCAGUGAGCCUCUGGAAAGCAGAGUUAGCUUACCUAGGCUCAGCACUGUUUCAUUUUACCAUAGAGAAAGGUUCUAAAGCCUGUCCAGGUGGUUUUUACCCACUAAUAUACUAAUACUCCCCUGCUGUAGUCAGUGCACGGGACUGCCUUGCAUGGAGGUGCCUGAUAAGUACGUGUAUACAUAUCGCUGUUGCAUCACCACCAGGCCAGCUAACCAUCACCUCCAGCCUCAGCUAAGAACAAGCUGAAAUGUCUUAAAUGUCUGUUAUUUUAUAGGAAAAUCUAUAGGCCUCGUAGGCCUCAGAUCCAGACCCCUACUCUCAUGCUCAACUCUAUAGACCAUUCCGGUGUUUACUUUCUGGAGGCACCAAUAGCAGCCAUCAUGUGAUAAUCUACACAGAAACAGAGCAAUUAAAUGGCUGAAUUCGCUUAGGUACUGUAAUCAUAGGCUGCACCCUUUUUACGUUCUACAAAAGCAUGGGCAAGGUUAGUAUUGUGUUCUGUUAAUACGGUCUGAUUCAAAGCAAGAAAUGGCUUAUAUAACAAUGUUUUCACUGUAUGAUUAAAAAAGCUUUAAAAUCGAUUUUAUUAACCAGAUAUUAGAAUGAAAUACGGAGACGUUUUUUUCUUUACCUAGCUCAGCAUGCAGAGUCCAGUACUGCUCAUAUCGGCCUGUUGUGUGCCUGUAAUGACCUCUAACCCAGCAUGCAAAAACGUGUACCCAGUCAGUGCUGGGUUAAAGGUGCCUCGUGCCCCCAAGAGAUACACACAUCAUACUUUCUGUUCCUACUUAAUAAGCUUGAUCCUGAAUUUUACCAAAGUUAAUCAAGAAAUCAGACACACCAAUAGAGCUCAACAGAGUGGUUCUGAAAGCAAAAAUCAUUUUAAUUGCCACACUAAUAAGGGUUUUUAUUUAUUUAUUAAUUUA